AAGGAGGUUAGGGUUAGGAGUGAGAGUGAUAUUGAGCGUGAGUUAGAGUUUUUUGAAGAUCCUGACUUCAUUCUGCCCUACUCCGUGCAAUGAAAGUUACGAAAUUAAAGAGAUGUCUUCUAAGGAAACAUUGAGCGUUAGGGGGAGCGAGGAAGUGAAGGUGUUGAAGUAUGGUGAUGGGGGCAUAGAGAGUGGGCUGUCCGGGUCAGAUAGGGCUGAGGAUGAGGUGGGUGUUAGGGAAGUGGUUGAGGGUGAGGGAGAGGAAAUACCCUCGAAUAUCUUGGAAAUUGAGGGUGGGGAUGAUAGGUGUUACGAUGUAGAGGCAGACAUUGUCUUUGAAGUGAAAGGGUAUGAGAGUGAACUGGUUACUAGGGAUAGCCUUAGUUACCUAGUUGAAACUUAUGACCUCCCACAUCAAGUUUUGAUUAGGCCUGCUGGGGUGAAGGAGAGGGCUUGCUCAGCACCUCGGGACCAUUGGAUGCCUAUGUAUGCUCAUUAUUUAGUAGUAGGGCUUAGGUUUCCAAUUCCAGAGUUGCUAGUUUGGUUAUUGUUGGAGUAUAACGUAGGUUUGACCCAAUUUGUUCCUAAUGCAAUAAGGGCGAUAAUUGGGUUUAUGGUGUACUGCCGGGCUAGGGGUGUUAAGUGGGAAAGGAAGGAUGGAGAGGUAGAAUUUUUGUGUAGUUGGAAGGCUAAGAAAACCAACCAAAAUAAGUAUAGUUUAAAUAGUGAUGAGGAGGAAGAGGUGGAGAAGUUGGUGAGGGAGAAAGGUGAAAUCUUGGAUAUAAGUUCGGAUGUCAUAAAUGCUGCUGAGCUCUAUGGGCCAAGCUCAUUGAGUGAAGCUGAGAUGGAUAAGUUUUUGAGUUCUGUUGAAGGGAUAGCUAUUCCUAAGAAGCCGAGGAAGAAGUCAAAGACUUAUGAGACUAUUGCAAGUGGGAGAGGAAAUGGGAACAAUGAGAAAGAGCAUAUAUCAAAGGAGGAGAUCAGAGGGGACGAGGUAAUGGAGUUUGUACCUCGGCCACCUCUUGUUGAGCUUGAUCCUGAGCUCAAAGAGACUGGGGUUACAACCCAUGGCAAAGUGGAUCGUCGUCGAGCAAGGGAGGAAGCGCUAAUUCAUGAAGGGAUUUCAGUUGUUAAGCAUGCUCUUGAGACUACAACCUGGGUUAAUGCGUUAGCCAAAGAGUUCAUGGAACUCGUUAAAGAGCAUAAUAGCCUACAGCAACAAAAAGAUGAGCUGCAAAAGAAAAAUGGGGAGAUGCAGAGGGAGCUGGAUAUGGCAAUACCAACAGUGACGAGCUUACAAAACGAGAGAGACUUGUUGAAGACGAUUCUUUCAUUCAAUGAAAAGAAGAGGAAAAUGUGCGAGGAAAAGAUUGAAGCACAAGAGGAAGAAAUAAAGAGAAUGAAAGAAUCUGAAGCCAAGCUCAAGAAAAAAGUGAAGCUGCUAGUGAAUAAUGGGAUAGAAGAGCACAUUGCAAAUUUUCUCAACUCCAGUUCGUUUGACAAUAUUGUCAACCUUUACCGGCUGCCUAUCGCGAUCCUUGCCUUCAUUGAUUGUAGAAAGAAGGAGAGCCAGCCACUUCCUCAAGUGGAGAUCCAUCCAGUUCCCUUAGAAGAAGAGCAGCCAACCCUUCCAGAAGUGGAGCAGCCACCUUUUCCUGUAGUGCAACAACCACCUCAUCUUGCAGAGCAACAGCCACCUCCCCUGGCAGAGUAGCUAGGGUUUCCAUUUUUUUUUUUUGGUGUUAAAAUUGGAACAAUUUGUUGAUUUUAUUUUGAACAUUUUUGUAAUAUUUUUUAAUCAAUUUAUGGAUUUGUUUGAAGUUGGUUUUAAUAUUGGUUUUGGGUUGCAUUAAUGUAAGAAUUGAGAUGAAAGAAAUCACUUCGAAUGUGAAGUGUAAUUCAUAAAGUCUACAAUUGUUA